GCAUUAAAGCAGGAACGUUAUCGCGCGAUUAUGUUCAUUUGCUUGCGGAAAACUUGCGCAAAGUAAAGAAACUCGGCAGGGCAGCUGAGUGGACAAGGAAACUGUUAAUACUAUAUAUGCUGGCUCUGCUUCAUUGUUUUUGCCGCUACCUUGGAACGAGAUGAAGUUGAGGAUUUUCUCAAUGCGUCGUCGUGUUGCCAGGAUGGUGCUUAGGAAGGGUCGCUUCAAUAUACAAUAUAAGCAUAAGAAAAAUGGGACAAAUGAUUUGAAAGGCAAAUACAGACGUUUAAAGGCAGAUAUCGAAGAGAUUGGCAAGGAGCAAAAAAGCAUCAAAGAAGGACAAUCACAGGUUCGAGAGAAAUUCAAGGCAAUUGAAAUGGAAUGUCAAGUGCUAAAGAAAGAAACUGAACUCAUCACCCAGCGAAGUGCGCUUACACAUCUUCGUCUGGCUCUCCUGUUUCAUAUACUCAAGGCACGAGAAGAAGGCGAUUUCGCUAAGGCCGCUCAACUCACUCAGUGGCUACGUGAAUUAAUAGCCAGGGAUAACAUGCAAUAGUCGGCGUGGAGGAACAGAUGAUUGCCUGUUGAAGGUUCCCACCACUUAGUCUUCAAGAGAACUAUCACUGGAUAAUUUGAGACGUUUAUUUGACAUGGAAAGCGACCAAUGGUGGAGUUAUUUAAAUUGGAAGCUGUUAUAUUUCAUUAAGUAACCUUAACUUGAAUACACGAUUUACGUGUAUUAGGAAAAAGUAGACCUGAUAAUUUUGAACACGAUAUAAAAAGAUACGGAUUAAACAGGUUUGGAUUUAUUCUUAACGUGUUUUGUAUCUAAUCGUUGUGUCUUAAACAUGUCAGAUACUAAUAACAUGUUUAAUUAAUUGUGUUAAUCAUUUUAAACGUGUUAUCAUGUUUAAACGUGUAUACGUGACACGUUUAUUAACUUGUUAAAAAUUAAUAGUCAAAGACUAUUGUACCUUUACUUAAAUAAUUUUGGUUUGGGUGUUUGAAAUUAUUCAUGGUUGAUGAUAUGGUUAAUAAUAUGUAUUUAAUUUUGGAUGAAAAUUAUGAAUGAUUUUA